AUGCUAUAUGCCGACGAUGCCGGCAUUGUGUCGAAGUCCGCCGACGGCCUGGCGAGGAUGAUGACCAUUAUCGUGGAGGUGUUCCGGGAGCUGACGGUGUCGGAGAGGAAGACGGAGACAUUGGUGAUGCGGGUGAAGGAGAAACAGCGACCGCCGCCGACGCCACCGCCGCCGCUGACCAUCGAAGCAGCGGGGCAAAGGUACGCACAGACGACCGAGUUCCGAUACCUGGGCGGCCUCAUCAACGAGCAGGGCGACCUCACCAGAGAGAUCAACCACAGGAGCAAAGCAGCGUGGGCGUGCAUUUGGCGAUACGCCACGGAGCUCUUCGACCAACCGGGAGCACCGUUUCGCCUCAAGGCCCGCCUACUCCAGGCGGAGGCAGUGGCGGCACUGCUAUACGGCUGCAUGACAUGGUCCCCACACCGCGACCACUACCGGCUGCUGCAGACGACACACCACCGUCUGCUUCUGCGAGUUAUCGGCUACCGGCGCAAACGAGGCACCUACCGGCAGCUGUCAUACGCCCAGGCGCUGAAGAGGGUCGGCUGCCAGAGCGUGGAGGCCACUGUCCGUCAACGGCGCCUGCUCUUUGCGGGGGCCGUGGCAAGGCAGUCAGACAGGCGGCUUCCGAAACGGCUGAUGUUCGGCGAGUUGGUGGGAGGGGAGAACCCGGGCCGGGGAAGCCCGGAGCAGAACUGGCUGAUAUGCCUGAAGGACGACCUGAAGAUGUUCGAAGCCAGACACGGCUCCACGCCCGACAAGCGGAGCUUCUUGGGAAUCCCGAAGCCAGACUGGGACGAGGCGGCGAAGGUGGAGGGGGGGGUACCGUGGCACGCGGGGGUGCUACAGGGAGCUGAGAGGUUCAUGGCCUCUUGGCACAAGGGCAAGGAGGAGGCCAGCCGACAACGAGCCAUCAAACGAAGAGACAGCGGGCCCAAAAAUAGUCUAGAUACGGCACCAAUCAACGGGGCGGUAGGGGGGCGGAAGGAAACGGCGCGGCGGGAAGAAAGCAAGCGAGAAGAGACCGACCGCGUGACGUGA